AUGAGGCUCACCGUCUGCGCCUUGCUUGCCUUCGGGGUUCUGGGGCUGUGUCUGGCUGUCCCUGACCAAACUGUGAGAUGGUGCACCACAUCAAAACCAGAGCAUGACAAAUGCAACGAUAUGAAAAGUGUCCUUCCAGUCUCGUGUGUGAGGACAAAUUCCUACUAUGAGUGCAUCCAGGCCAUUGUAGAUAAACGAGCAGAUGCUGUGACUCUUGAUGCAGGCUGGGUGUAUGAGGCAGGCCUGGCCCCCAACAACCUGAAACCUGUUGUGGCAGAGUUCCAUGGGUCAAAAGACAAUCCAAAAACUGGAUAUCAUGCCGUGGCUGUGGUGUUGAAAGACAGCAACUUCCAGUGGAACCAGCUGCAAGGCAGGAAGUCCUGCCACACGGGCCUAGGCAGGUCUGCUGGGUGGAAUGUCCCCAUCGGCAGGCUUCUUUGUAACUUGCCGGAGCCACGUGUGCCAGUUGAGAAUGCAGUGGCCAAUUUCUUCUCCAGCAGCUGUGUCCCUUGUGCGGAUCGGACUAAGUUCCCCAAGCUGUGUCAACUGUGUGCCGGGCCAGAGAAGUGUGCCUGCAACUCCCAUGAACGCUUCUUCGGCUACUCAGGUGCUCUCAAGUGUCUGCAGGAGAAUGUUGGAGAUGUGGCCUUUGUCAAGUACGAGACAAUACUUGAGAACCUGCCAGAAAAGGCUGACAGAGAUCGGUAUGAGCUGCUCUGCCCAGACAAUACCCGGAAGCCCAUAGAUGAAUACAAGGAUUGCAGCCUGGCCUGGAUCCCUUCUCAUGCUGUUGUGGCCCGAAGUGUGGAUGGCAAAGAGGACUUGAUCUGGGAUCUUCUCAAUAAGGCACAGGAACAAUUUGGCAAAGACAAGUCAGGGACAUUCCAAGUCUUCAGCUCCCCUCACGGGAAGAACCUGCUAUUUAAGGACUCUGCUGAAGGGUUUCUAAAGGUCCCCUCUGGGAUGGAUGCCUGGCUGUAUCUGGGAUAUAACUAUGUCUCCGCUCUUCGCAAUCUAAAGGAAGGCAAAUGCCAUAAGCAUGAAUGCAGCAAGGUGAAGUGGUGUGCAGUGAGCCACCGCGAGAGUAACAAGUGUGAUGAAUGGAGUGUUAUCAGUGAUGGGAAAGUAGACUGUGAGUUAGCAGAGAGCACUGAAGACUGCAUUGCCAAGAUCGUGAAAGGAGAUGCUGAUGCCAUGAGCUUGGAUGGAGGAUUCAUCUACACGGCGGGCAAGUGUGGUUUGGUGCCUGUCCUGGCAGAGAACUACAACAGUAAACACUCUGGAGGUCCCAGAGAUAUUAAUGCUUCUUUUAUGUCUUCUUCCUUGCAAGGGUAUCUUGCUGUGGCAGUAGUUAAGACAUCAAAUCCUGGUAUCAACUGGGACACUCUGAGAGGCAAGAAGUCCUGCCAUACUGGCGUGAGCAGGACUGCCGGCUGGAACAUUCCUAUGGGCCUGAUCUACAAUAAGACCAAAUCCUGUGCAUUUGAUCAGUUUUUCAGUGAAAGCUGUGCUCCUGGGUCUAAACAUGAUUCCAAGCUCUGUGCUCUGUGUGCUGGCCCACAACCCAACCAGUGUGCUCCCAACAACAAGGAGAAAUACUAUGGCUACACUGGGGCUUUCAAAUGUCUGGUUGAGAAGGGAGAUGUGGCCUUUGUGAAGGAUCAGACUGUCAAGCAGAACACUGGCGGAAAGAACCCAGAGUAUGGGACUAAUUUGAAAGAAGACGACUUUGAGUUGCUGUGUCUGGAUGGCAGCCGGAAGCCUGUGUCCCAAGCUGCCAGCUGCCACUUGGCCCAAGUCCCCAAUCACGCUGUGGUCGCACGGAAAGAGAAGGCAGAUUGUGUUCGCCAGUUGUUACUCAGGCAACAGACUGAAUUUGGAAGACAGGGAUCUCAGUGCAGUGCGGGCAAGUUUUGUUUGUUUCAUUCGGAAACCAACGACCUGUUGUUCAGGGAUGACACAAAAUGUUUGGCCAACCUUCAGGACAGAACAACGUAUGAAAAAUACUUAGGACAAAAGUACAUGACAGCUGUUGGUAACCUGGCAGAAUGUUCAACUUCACCUCUCCUGGAAGCCUGCACCUUCCACAAAAAAUAA